AUGGGCAGGGACUUGACAUGUCUUUGGCGUUCUUCAUCAGCUCUUGGUGUCGGUGAAUUAACACGGUUUCGCAUAAAAUUCAAUCUCGCUAAAUUCUUAUCGCACCCUACCACAACCGUUAAACCAUUUCCGCUAACAGUUGAAGUAAAAAACUCGACACCUCUUAUUUACCGAGGUGCUCUUCUCACUGGACCAUACAACAUUUCAGCUUGCGUUAUUCCGACUCGAGACUUGCUCACUCGUAAUAUAUAUGCCUGCUUACAAUUGAAACCUGUUCUUGCCUGUGGAGAGAUAUGGAGAGCCACGCUUGAUUUACCCAAGGAGGGUGUUGGUGAUUGGACUGCAGAUAUCUUUAGCGAAGUACUGUUUUCGCCGAAUAAAGUCGAAUAUGAAAUCAGCGUACUUGCUGAAUUACCCGAAGGCGAUUACAACCUUAGAUCCGAUAAUGACGCAACAAGUGAUUAUGAAAAUACUGUGUCAUAUACUCCUGCAAUUGAGUAUGUGGUGUGGAAGACGGAAGAUAUCUUUGGAUUACCAGAUUUGAGUAGCAGAAAAAUUGGUGACGACGUACAUCUAGUUGUCUUAACACAUGGCCUCAAUGGCUCUGCCUUGGAUAAAAAGUAUUUAAAGGAACGAUUAGACGAAAAGUAUAAUCAACAGACUGGAACUCGAGUAGUUCCAUAUGUAGCCGACGUGAAUCAUGCUUCAACGUGGGAUGGUGUAGAAGUAUGCGCUAGAAGAAUUGCUGAUAAACUAUUGCAAAUAGCCGGUUGGCCGUGGAACGAAAAUAUCCAAGAUAGGACUGACAAAGAAGAGAUAUCUACUAAACCAUACAUAUCUAAAAUCUCCUUGAUCGGCCAUUCCCUUGGCGGUUUAAUCAAUGUAUGUCUUGCCGGUUAUCUGAACAGUCUAACAAAUGGUGAAUUUUACCGUAGCAUCCAGGCAGUCAAUUUCAUUACAGUAGCAACACCAUGGCUUGGAUCAACGGAACAACCGUGGUAUAUCAAAGCGGGAAUGCAAGCAGGAGCAGUCGGACAAACAGGUAAAGAUCUCUUGGCAGUUCAGCGGACACGAUCAGAACAAGUGCAAGCACGCGGGGCUGCCGAAGAGAAUACCCUAGAGGAAGAACCUCUGUUGUUAGCCCUUGCUCAUCCGUCUUCACCAUCUCAUCAAGCUCUUGCCAAGUUUCAGCACCGAACAGUCUAUGCUAAUAUUGUCAAUGACGUAUCAGUAUCAUUCAGAACGGCGUCGCUCUACUUU